CCCCACAAUCUGGGUCCUCAUUUUACCUAUCCCAGAAGGAUGGAAGGCUGAGUCAACCUUGAGCCGGUGAGAUUUGAAUCGCUUAUUAGAAUGCUAGACCUGAUUUCAAAAACAGCUAAUAGGUCAUAGGCAUGGAGCACUUCUGUGCCAGCAAAGUAGCUUAACCCAUCUUUUAUAAGGACAUAACCACACACUAGAUAUUAAGAAAAGGGGUGUUUUCUUCUGCUGGCAUGUGAGGCUUGGUGGAAGGAGUAAUGCCAAAGGGAGCCACCAGCUGCUUAACUUGUUCCAUAUUAACUUUAUAAAGAUAGGCACCAGUCACUGGCCUCAUUUCUGUGUCAGAAUAGGGAUUAGCAGCAAUAAGGGCAGCACAGUUUAUGCUGGCAUACUUUUCUGCCAACUCAUUGAUUGGAGGAUAGCAAUUUAAUAUUGUCACCUGGCUGUGCUCUAAAACACUUCCUUCUCCAUGACGCUCUUGUACGAUCGCAAUCUGGAUCAGCUUGAGCUGGUUGCCAUGGUUCUAACUUAACAAAAAUGAGAGUAGAUUCAGGAGUUAGUCCUGUAUAUCAAUUGUAAGCCCAUUUUCACCUUGGGAUAUGCAAAGCCAGACAGAUUCUUAAAGGCUUUAUAGAGAUUUGCUAGGGUUUGUCUCCAGUCUCCCGUAUGUACAGUGGGAUAAGUUCAGUCGUUAUGAGAUCUUCAACCUCUGCAUCUCCCAGGAUACAUAUAGCUGUAGAUUAAUAUGUUUUUUUUUAAAAAAGAAAUCUGGCAAGGAUAAGAAAAAUGAAGAUGUGAUCGUAUCAGCGUGAUUUCUACCCUGCUAAUUUAAAACUGGCAAGAUUUUCUUUCUGCAAGAUGUUUUGAAAAGCUUUCUGAAGAAAACUCUCAACCCUAACUUUCACAUCCAUGGCUCCAGUGCCACAAAUAUCUGACAGGAAAAAUCUUCUUUCCAUUUGCAGUUGUUGGAAAAAUGGACUUUAAACUCAAAGUGCUGUUGUGCUGAUCGACACGGAACGAAGGAGGGACACAAAUUCCAUCUAUAAUAGGCAUAACCCGAGAGACUUUUUGUGGAGUUCUUCAUGAGCUCAACAAAUCAUUUUUGUUUGGAGUUUCCUUAUGAGAACCUGUUCUGUGGUGAUGCCUUCAUUUUUAAUUCCAGCAUGACAGCCUUUAAUUAUUAGGAAGCACAUUCUGCAAGGAACGGAGUAUCUGUUAAAAAGGUUUUUUGCUUUGUGUUUUUUUUUUUUGUGACAGUACCAGAUGAUCAGAAGUUUUUCAGCCAUGUUAUAAUUCUUCAAGAAAGAAUAGAAAAACGGAUUGCAUAGUGAAGUCGUAUGCCAAUAGUAGGACAGUACAGGAAAUUUGUUCAAGAGAAAGCUCUGCCAUUCGCAUUGCUCAGAUAACUAAGAAAAAAACUGUAGAUUUUAAAGAAGAGUUUCUAUCAAGAAAAUACUUGGAUGUGUACCCUGUUCAAUUUGUUUUGAAUCCUGGUUUCAUCAACCAGGGCUUCUUGCUGGAAUGAAAUUCUUCAGAAUUUGUUUCAACUUCCUUUGAUUUUCUUGCCUUCCACUGCAAAAGAAGGUGUCAUUGUUGAAACACAGACGCCAGGAAACUUUUGCACAUCAAAAAUACGAUGAUUUCCAGGAUGGGCUGUUCUUCUGGAAGAAAAGGAAGAGUUGUUGCUUUGAUCAGUGCUGGGGCAGUGAUUUCUGGUUGCAUAGCUCUCUUAGUGUGGCUCGCAGUCAGAAAACAAUUUCUGGAAGGUACAAACGCCAAGCCAAACAAAGCGCUUUUGAAUUGGGAGCCAGUGUUUUCCGCGAGGGUGCAAUUGCAGGACACGGAACCAAGGCCAUCCUUUCAUUCAGGUGGAGAUGUAUUAGAUUAUUUGCUUAAUCUGAAGAGAAUAGAUAAAAAAGAUGGAUUGUUGGUCACCUGGUAUCAUGCUGCAAAUAGUAAGAAAGACAUGGAAGAGGCCUUAAAAGCUGAUGUCAUGGCACUGGAAUCUGAUGUCACCCUUGAAGGAUACAAUACGCCCAAUGAGACGGAGAAACCCAUUAUGGCCCACCCCCCUGACGUCUACAGUGACAAUACGCUUCAGAAUUGGCUGGCGACAGUGCUCAGAUUCCUGACUCUCAUUCAGGAGAAGUUUCCAAACUGCACUCUUUCCCCGGGAUGGACAACCCUCUAUUUAUCUCACUUUCCAAACAAGACUUAUACGCAGAGUAUGGUGGAAGAAAUGCAUUCUCUUGUGGGAAACCUAUCUCAGCAAGUCACCUUCCCUGUAAGAGCUGUCAUGGUUAAACCAGCCUGGACUCAUCUGAGUUGGCUUCUGAGUCAAUCGAAAAGAUAUAGUUUGACUUUGUGGCAAGGGAAGACUGAUCCAGUCACAGUGGAAGAUCUCCUGUUUAUUCGAAACAACAGCAAACCUGAACAAAUCUAUUAUGACCUUUAUGAACCUAUUUUGUCUCAAUUCAAAAAAUUGGCAUUCUCUCAAACAGAGUCAAGUGCAAAAAGAGGAUGGAGAAGCUAAAUGAAAAACGUUGGGGGAAAAAAUGGAGCCAAUUAUUAAUGUACUGCCAAUUUACAACACAGGGAAUAUUUGACAAUUUAAAGUGGACUUUUCAGAUUUUGGAAGAUCCGGACUGUGUAGAGAACUUUAUUAUAUGGAUUCAAUUGAUACAUAUCUCACAAAUUGUACAAAUAAAUAUGAAGCCUUUGUGAAAAACAGAAAACAGAAACACAGAAAGGAAUGAGUCACUUUUUGCAUAAUUAUUCAUUCUGGCUCUUGACAUUUUCAAUACAGCCAAAAGGCAAGAUGACAAAAUUGUUGGAGUGAAAGUUAAAAAAAAAAAAAAAGGAUUUUAUAAAUUAAAGACAUUUGCUGAAAACUUGGCUUUUGAAGAACCCCUUAAAAGGGAUUGAUGUAUUAAUGAAAAAAUCUUGGAUUUUGAUGCAUUGACUGGACUUAAAGUUAAUAAGGAAAAAAUAAAGAAUAUAAAGAUGGAAGAGCAAAAAGAAUUAUCUGUAAAAGCUAGAUUUCAGAUUCGGGGGAAAAGUGAAGUAUUUGGCUAUUACUAUUACUACCAUGACUUUAUUUCAAAAUAAUUAUCUUAAGGUAUGGAAUGAAAUUAAAUAGAAUUUAUUAAUGUGAGGAAAAUGACAAUUAUUACUGUUGGGAAGAACUUCUGAGGUAAAAAUGAACGUGUUAGCUAGAAUGUUAUUCUUAUUUCAUACAAUUCCUGUUUGAGAACUGAUGUGCCAUUUGAACAGUGCAAAAGACAUAUCCAGAUUUAGAAGGCAGGAUAAAAAACCCAAAGGUUAAAUAUAAGUUUCUUCAACAUACAAAGAAAAGAGGACUAGAUUACCGGAUUUAAAUGGUAUUUUCCUGCCUGCAGUUUGGUUUGUAUGAAGAGGCUGUUGUUAAGAAAAAAAGAGAUUCAGAUUUAGAAGAUCAUGGUCUGAAGUUUGGGUGGCAUUAUUACUUAUGGUGUUGUUGUUAUUAAUGUAGAUUUUAAAAAAUCAUUAUAUUAGGGAUAUAAUAUUAGGAAUAUGGAAUAGAUACAAACCUGGGCUAUUCCAGAAAAUAUCUUUAUUGGCCUCAACUCAAUAAGUGUUUUAUAGAUAAGAAACACCUGGCAAAGAUAAAUGGUUAACAUAUAAAGACUUCCUAGGACAGGAGAAUAGGGAGCUUAAGUUGGAACCAAGAAAACAACUGACUGCACAAGAAUUUAGUUUUCAAUGGUUCUUAUAUGCAAAUUAAGAGAAAGCUUUAACAUAGAUAAAAAGACUACCAGUAAUAUGAUGUGAUGCAAUGGAAUUUGAAAAUGAAUUACAUACAAAGGAUGAACAUGUGAUUACUAAAAUGUAUGCACUUUUGUUGAGAUUUGAAAAAGAAGAACAGUAAAUUAAAAGAAUGUAUGUUAUAAAUGGGCCAAGAAUUUUGGUGAUAAUAUUCAGAUGGAUCAAUGGGAUAAAGUGUGGUUAAAAGACCUGAAGUUCACAUUGUCUUACAACUCGGAACAACACUUUUUAAAAAUGGUAUAUUGUAGGUGCAUGAUAUCAGAGAAAUUGUCUAACAUGCAUAAAAGUGCAUCUAAUUAUUGUUGGAAAUGUGAAAAACAUAAGGAGCAUUUUUAUCAUACAUGAUGGACUUGUGAAAAAGCAAAAACUUGAUAUCCCAAACGGUGCUUUUUUCACGAGGCAAUUGGACUUUCUUGUUUUUCUUUGAAGACGUUUCCCUUCUCAUCCAAAAAGCUGCUUCAGCUCUGUCUGGAUGGUGUCAGAGCUGAAGAAGCUUCUUGGAUGAGAAGUGAAACAUCUUCAAAGAAAAACAAGAAAAUCCAGUUGCCUUGUGAAAAAAGCGCCUUUGGGACAGCUGUGUCUUAGAUGACUAAGAAUCUCCACAGACAAAAACUUGGUGCAAAUAUAUAAGAUAAUGCAGAAAGUUCUCAAAAUUAACUUUCAGAUAAAAGCAGAACUUUUCUGACUAAGAUUUAUGGACAAUCAACUAAAAAAGCUCAUGAACAAUUGGUUUCAUAUAUAACUGCAAUGAGGUUAUUAUAGGUACAAAGAUGGAAGUCUAUGGAAACACCAGCAGAGGAGGAAUGGAAGGCUGAGUUUGCAGAAAUGGCUAAAUUGAUUUAUUUUGAUUAAAGAGGGAACUAGAACUACUUUUAUAAAAAUAAUUGGAAAACCUGUAUGGAUUUUUGGCUGAAGUUGAAUAAAAAUCUAGUGGUGAUUUUGGGAUUUAUUGAUUAAAAAGUAUUAAAAAGAUUUGUGUUUAUAACUGCUAAAAAAAAGAUCAUAAGUCACUUCUUUAAAUGCCUUUUUCUUUCCUUCUCGUUUUCAUUCACUUUUUCCUAUUACCCUUUCCUUUUUUCUUUUUCUACCUCAUCUUUUAUGUUUCUGCAGUUUUUAAAAUCUUUAUAAGAUAUUCUUUCAAUAAAAAUAGUUUUGCAGAUGAUUUGGUAUUCAUUCUAGAGGAACCUUUAGAGACGAUUCCUAAACUGCUAGAAAAGAUAGAACAAUUUGGAGAGAUAGCAGGAUUAAAGAUAAAUAGAGAAAAAACUAAAGUGAUAGUUAAAAAUUUUACAGAUAA